AUGACAGCCGCCGCCGCUGCUGCUAAGACAAUCGCCGCUGCCACUGCCGUGACAGCCGCCGCCGCCGUCCCGGCCCUACCCUGCAGCCGAGGCGCGGCCCCUCCUCUGCCGCCCUGUCGCGGCCCUGUUCCUGCCGGCGCACCUCGGCCCUGCCCCGCCACUUUCGACUUUGAGGUCUGGGUCGAUGACCUGCAGCUUUUCCUGCAGUGCGAUAGAAAAGAUGGUCUCUCACUGUUCGAUCUCACGUCUCGCGCCUCUACUGCCCCUACUGCCGAUGCUGACAGUACUGUUCGCUCACAGUGGGCCACACGCGAUGCUGCUGCCCGUCUUGCUGUGCGUAGUUACCUGCCGUCCACUGAGCGCGCGCACUUUAGUCAGUACAAGAGUGCUAAGAACUUGUACGACGCUGCAGUUGCACGCUACUCUUCCCCUGCCACUGCUGCCCUUAGUCGCCUCAUGCUGCUGGUCCACUUCCUCUCUGUUUGCCCCACCACACUCACCGUUGACCUCCUUGAGGAGCGCCUCCUUGCAGCUGAGAAGAGUAUAGUCGCUGUAGGAGCCUCUCGUGGUGACCCUCGUGCCCCCUUCUUUGAGGGGUGCUCCCCCUCCCCCCUUUUGCCCUCUGUUGCCUCUGCUUCUGAUGUCGACCUCGUUGGCACCGAGUCGGUCGGCGCUGCGUCUGCCCCUAGCGGGAGACGCCGCAACGGCAAGGGCAAGGGGGGCAAGGGCGCUGGAGGAGCUGGCGGGGGCGGUGGAGGUGGCGGUGGAGGUGGCGGAGGUGGUGGGGGUGGCGGUGGGAGUGGUGGCGGGGGUGGGGGCUUCGGUGGCGGCGGUGGCGGCGGAGGCGGCGGCGGCAGUGGCGGUGGGAGCAGAGGAGGCGGCGGUGGCGGCGGUGGCGGCAGCGGCGGUGGAGCUGGUCGGGGUGGCUCUGUGUAG